AUGCGAAUAGCUCGGAAGUUCCAUGAAUAUGAGCAAGGACUUGAAGGAAGAACUAAAUGGAGGGAUGAGAGCAUCCUAGGCAGCAUACCCGUCAGCGAAGUUGCGGAUCAACUGACGGAACGAGAUCUCCGUCAGCAUCUGCUUGACUCAACAGUUCUUCCAGCUCUCAACGUCUACUUCGUGCUAAUCCGAGCAAAUAUAUCUAUUUUGGUGGAUAGCCAAUGUGGAAUGGGUCGCGGCCUACCGAUGUACCAAGAUAUUGUCAGCCUUUCUCCUGAAGAGGCUUUUAAGCGUCUUAGAGAAGGUAAGUCCGGAUCGAAGCCUUCAGCCGAGUGGCUGGCAAAGAAGAAAGCGUUGAGAAAAGCGUGGCUCACUUCUCAGCCUGAGACUACGACGACAACAGCUACACCGACUGACCACUCCUCCAUAUUUAUCUUCGCUGUACUCGGAAUUUUUGCUUUCGCCACGAUCAUCGCGCUACUGACUUGGGUCGUAAAACGAAGCACUGUGAAACGGCAAAGGAACCGGGAACGCGAACUUCUGGAACACCAAGAGUUACUCGAGCAAGCUCUCCGCUCGAGGACUUUGCUGCUCGAAAUAGAAGAUUAA